AUGUAAUCUAAAGGACCUUCAGCAUAAUAUCUAUCGAAGCUCUUAAUUGAGGAUCCAAACAAAGCCCCUGAACAUGUUUUUAAGACCAAUUAAAAAUAUGCUGAAUAUAUCGCUUAUUUGGGUUCUCAAAAGGCUCCAAUAACUGCAUUUACGAAAUUAGCUUAAUGGAAAUAAUACUAAUUCGAGAAUGUAAAUCUAUUAAUUGAUCCUGCUAAAAUAUCACCUUUGUUAUCUGCACUUACAGAUGAAAAUAAACUAUUAAAACAUGAAUGUUUCAAAUAAUCCAAUGAUAUUGUUGAAUUAACUACAAUGGUUGAAAGAUUAAUCGAUGACAAUUUAGUUAUUAAAAAACACUUAGAUUUGAAGACUAAUGAAAUGCAGCACUUUCUUUAGAAUUAAAAAACAUAAAUUAAUGAUGAAAUCUAGGAUCUCAAAUUUUAACUAUAAUCGUUGUAGGAUGAGAAUAAUCUAUUGAUUACACAUUUGGAGGAUUUGAGAAGAAAUCAAAAUGAUGAUGUGAUCAACAAUUUAGAAACUGAAUUGAGCAAUGCUAGAGAUUUGUUUGAGUAAUAGCAAUAGAAUUUCAAAUAAUGUUAAGAAAGAGAAUACGAUAUUAGUAGAGAACUUGUUAAAAUGAACUCAUAAUAUAAAGAAGCUUUAGAGAAGAUUGUUGAACUAUCCUCCUAAUUAAGCAGUUAUGAGGACAACAAUCAUGAGCUAAGAAAUUAAAUCAUGUUGAUUUCUAAUAAAAUUAAUAUUGUUCAGAAGAAUGCUUUCGAUUAAGUUAACCAAAAGGAAAUUGAACUUGAAAGUUUAUAAAUUAAAUUUAAUACUUUAUUGAAGGACAAUGAUUCCAUAAAGGAUUAAUUAAGCUAAUAUGACUUUAAAAUAUAAGAAUUAAUCAAAGAGAAUACUAGAAUAAGUGAAGAAAUGAAAAUGUAUUAGUUAAUGAAUAACGAACUUUUGAAUCAAGAGAAAGACAUAAAGAAUCAAUUGUAAUUGGAGAAGAUGAAGAAAACUCCUAACGUUUCUGAUGAGUAAUUGACUAAGGAAUAAUUAAUAAAAGAAUGCAGAAGAUUAGGAGAGUAAUUAGAACGGGCAUAAUUAGAAUAUAUUAAAUUAGAUGAUUUCUUGACAAAACAAAUCGAUUAAUAAAAGAAGUAAUCAGAAUAGAUUCUUGAGAACAUGAAGAUCAGAUUCUAAAACUCUUUAGAUAGCAGAUAAGAAUAAAUUAAUUAGUUAGAAAAAUAAAUUGCUUCAUAGAUUGAAUAGAUUAAUAUCCAAAAAAAAGAAUUGGAAAUCAUCAAUUUGGAGUAUUAGGAUAUUAAAUAAAAAUAGGUAUAGUGUUAAAUAUUAAAAAUAGGAAGAUUAAUCUUAGAUAAAGAAAUUAGUUGAUUAAUAAGUCAUGGAAAUCAGAGUCCUUAAGAGUUAAUUGUAGGAUAAGAAAAUGCUGAUUAAUGAAAUGUUAGAAGAAAAGGAUAAAAUGAGUAAGGUGUUUAAGAGUGAAUAAAUUUCAUCAUAGUAAAAUAUUCAUCUGCUGGAGGAAGAAAUAAAAUAGUUACAAAAUCAACAAAUAAAAUAUUAAUCAUAGAAGGAAGAUCUGGAGAAAUUAUUAGAAAUCAAUGAUAACUUAAAAUAAGAAAUUCAUCAUAUCCAAUAAUAAUAUAAGGAUGUUUAGGCGCUAUGUAGAGAUGAAAUUGAAAAAAGAUAGAAUGUAUAAUAUUGAUUAAUAAAGUUAUAAGUAGAAGCAGGCAUUUAAGCUAAUUAAAUUGGAACACUCAAAGAGUAGAUCAGGUACUUCUAAGAAUAACAGCAAAGAAAGGAUAAAUUAGACUAAGUUUUAUAGGAAAAUCAGAUUCUAAGAGCACAACUUAAAUAAUGA